AUGGCCGAUCUUGCAGCAACGGCCUGUCGUCGGUGCCGAGAGCAGAAGCUGAGGUGCUCUCGCGAACUACCUCGUUGUGCCCGGUGCUCUAGGCUAGGUGCCAAUUGUACAUUCCCUCCACCUCCCGAUCGUAGAUUGCUGGCGUCAUUUCGCGCGCGACCAAAGAAGCCCCUGGCUGGUGAUACCAAUGCCGGCAACGGCAAUGGUGUCAAUGCAGCAAUCGAUACGACUGAGUUCAAUUUUGCGUUGCUUGGAACCCCCACGUCUCUAAAAUCCCUGUCUCCAGGGCAGGCUCAGAGCUCCUAUGACAAUACCUCUCAUGGCGACCCCGGCCUCAACAUCGACUCGCGCCUCUCGCCGGACGCUCAUGUACUCCUGCAGGACACAUAUUUCAAUUGCAUGUUCAACUCGACAUUGAUCUUCCACCGUCCGACCUUCUUACAGGCGUUUGCCAACAGAACACUCUCUCGCCAUGUCCUGUUGGCCGUCUAUGCGACGUCUACCAUAUUCCUGCACCCGCCUCCGAUGGUCGAAAAGUAUGCGGCCUCGUUGCGCCAGUUGGGAGACCUCAAAGCUCUGGGACACGAAUGGGCAGUGCGCGCUGGCAAAGACGUUCUACAGAAUAUAGACCAGCCGUCAUUCGAGAGCGUGCAGACGUGCCAGGUGCUCGCGCUGUACUGGUUUGGGGCGGGCGAGACUUUGAGGAACACCAUGUUCUCAGGGAUAGCAUACAAGGCAGCUUGCACUUUGGAACUGAAUUCAACCGAGUCGUCGUUUCUGCCAGACGCACAAACUUCAUUAGAGACCAUGCCAGGGUGGCUCCGAUCAGAGACCAUGAGGAGAUGCUUCUGGGCCUCGUUUAUCACGCAGUGCAUCAAUGCCGACCAUUCCUUGGGCUUCAUCCACGAUGACCGAAUCAUGAGCUCGCCCCUGCCGAUAGGGGAGCGUUCGUUCACCAACGGCGUGCAGGAGCCAUUGCUGGCACUGGGCGAUGUCAUCAAAGAAUCUCCCGCCCUCUGUGGGAAGACUUCUGCCUGCCCUAGUCUUAUGGCGGAACUCGUGACGGCCAAAAUCCGCGACCACAUACGAAGUCUCGACCAGAUGAAGAUGGGGAAGUGGCUGACAGGCUUAUUUGAACUAGAGGCCCGCCUGUUGCGUUGGGCGUCGCAAUUGCCGGAGACCCUUGCAUAUUCAAGACGCAACCUGUACGAGCAGCUCGUCGUCAACCAGAAUUCUGCUUACACCCUCGUCCACGCCAUGUACCAUCAAUGUCGGCUCGUCCUCCAUGCCGCGGUGGUGCCGAAAUUUAGUGGAGUCCAUCUCCACGAUUCUCUGCCUGCCCAGGCCACAAGUGUUAGCGCUCGUAUUGCCCUCGAAAGUGCGCAGAAGAUCUCGGAAAUGGCACUGGAUCUUCUGGCCCUGGAGUGGCCCGGAAGCCAAAUCCCAUCCUUUGUGGGGUACUGUAUGUAUGUGUCGGCGUCCAUCCACACAACUCUUCUCUACUCUCGAGAUCCGUCGCUAUCAGUAGUUGCGCGGGCGAACUUGACCGCAAGUCUACAAAUAUUGCGAUCGGUAAAGGUAUACUGGACCAAUCUCGAACGACUGUGGGCACGAAUCAACGUGCUGUAUGAGGCGCAACUUUCACGGUACCGUGCGAGUCUAGAUGAACCCCUGGUCGGACGUGCGGACAAUCGAGCACAGGUCAAUGAGCUCGACCAGCUUGCGGGUGAAGCUCCUGAGACUGGUCAGCUUUCUGAGCCACUCGCGGACUCGAUCUUGCAGUACACGCUGCGACGACUCAAGCUCAACGCCAGUUCUAGUCGGGACAGGCCAGGGGGUAGUUCUAAAACUUUAUACCCAGAUGAUCUGGAUCGACUGAUGAACGAGGCGCCGCUGUCAUCUUCCGGGUCUCAACGUACUGGUGAGCCUGCAACAACAAGGUUCGAAGGCAACUCCGCCUUACGAAACGUCAACCUGACUUCCAACGCCUUCGCCAUGGGAGCUUCCGGUGUUCCCACAUAUGGUGACUGGACAAAUAGCCCUCUGAUGGCCAUGGACCAAAACAGCAGCCUCGACUGGUGGCACUUUGAGCUAGAUAACAGUAUCCAAGAGCCAACGGGGUUGUACGAGGAAAUGUUCAAUUCCAACAACCAGAUCGGAUGA